AUGGCAAUGUUUUUUACUAAUACCAAAAAAUUUAAAUUUGAAGACAUUCCGGAUUUAACUGGCAAAGUUGCGGUGGUAACUGGUGGCAACACUGGUAUUGGGUAUGUCACAUGUAGAGAGCUAGCAAGGAAAAAUGCUCAUGUAUUUGUUCUAAGUCGUAGUAUCGAAAGAGGUACAGCAGCUGUCGAAAAGAUUAAACAAGAAACAGGAAAUCAAAACUAUCUUACAAAAUUACUUUUACCAACAAUUGAAGCAUCAGCUCCAUCAAGAAUAGUUAAUGUUAGCAGUAUGGCUCAUAAACAUGCACCUAAGGGUGAAAUAGAAUUUGAUAAAAUAAAUGAUCCAGACGCUCAAGCACCAAUAGAACGUUAUAGAGUAUCAAAACUUUCAAAUAUUUUAUUUACAGUUGAAUUAAAUAAAAGACUUGAAGGAAAACAAGUUUAUGCCAAUUCUUUACAUCCAGGAGUCAUAAAUACUGAAUUGUCAAGUGGUAUUAUAGAUAAUUGGGGUAUAUGGGUAGUUCCACUUGUUAAACUUUUGAGUUUCGUAUUACUUACACCUGAUGAUGGAGCAUUAACCUCGUUAUAUUGUGCAACAAGUCCCGAGAUUGAAGAGAAGAACUUGCAUGGAAAAUUUUUUGUUCCAUUUGGCGUAGAAUCUCCACCAAACGAUAAUGGCAAAGAUGAAGAACUGGCAAAAAAAUUAUGGAAAUUUACUGAUGAUCUAGUUGUGGUGGUAACUGGUGACAACACGGGUAUUGGGUAUAUUACGUGUAGAGAGCUGGCAAGAAAAAAUCCGCAUGUGUUUCUUCCAAGUCGUAGUAUUGAAAAAGGCGUGACAGCAGCUGUUGAAAAAAUUAAACGAGAAACAGGAAAUCAAAACGUAGACUUUUUACAUCCACAAAUAGAAUGUUAUGAAGUUGUGGUGGUAACUGGUGGCAACACAGGUAUUGGGUAUGUCACAUGUAGAGAGCUAGCAAGGAAAAAUGCGCAUGUAUUUGUUCUAAGUCGUAGUAUUGAAAGAGGCACAGCAGCUGUCGAAAAGAUUAAACAAGAAACAGGAAAUCAAAACGUAGAGCUUUUACAAUUAGAUCUACAAAGUUUAAAAUCUGUUAAAGAAUGUGCUCAAUCUUUUUUGGCUCGAAAGCUACCUUUACAUAUUUUGAUCAAUAAUGCUGGUAUAAUGGCAACUAAGUUUUCUUUAACUGUUGAUGGAAUUCAAGAUCAAUUUGGAACCAAUCAUGUUGGGCAUUUUUAUCUUACAAAAUUACUUUUACCAACAAUUGAAGCAUCAGCUCCAUCAAGAAUAGUUAAUGUUAGCAGUAUGGCUCAUAAAUAUGCACCUAAGAAUGGAAUAGAAUUUGAUAAAAUAAAUGACCCAAAUGCUCAAGCAACAAUGGUACGUUAUGGAACAUCAAAACUUUCAAAUAUUUUGUUUACAGUUGAAUUAAACAAAAGGCUUGAAGGAAAACAAGUUUAUGCCAAUUCUUUACAUCCAGGAAUCAUAAAGACUGAACUGUCAAGAGGUGCUAUAGAUAAUUGGGGUAAAUUGGCAAUCCCAUUUGUUAAACUUUUGAGUUUAGCAUCACUUACACCUAAUGAUGGAGCAUUGACCUCAUUAUAUUGUGCAACAAGUCCUGAAAUUGAGGAGAAGAACUUACGUGGAAAAUAUUUCAUUCCAUUUGGUGUGGAAUCUUCACCAACCAAUAAUGGCAAAGAUGAAGAACUGGCAAAAAAAUUAUGGCAAUUUACUGAUGAUCUAGAUAUUUGUAAAUUUGUUUCAUCUGCUAUACAACUUAUUAAAAAAACUCAUAAUACUGAUAGCAAUAGUAAUACUUUCAAAUAUUCAUAG